CCAAACAACCAAGAAACGACCAAAUCUGUUGAAAGUUUUUUUUGCUUUUUGCUUAACUUUGGACCAAAUCUGCUAAAGUUGAAAGUAAACUUGCGUUUAUUACAAGACCCAAACAACUUCUCUCACUUUUCAGCUACUUUUCUCUCUCCCUCUGUUUCUCUCUGCUUCUCUCUAUCUGGCCAAUGGCUACUAGAUCGACAGAUUCAGCCACCUCCCGCUCCUCAGGUGUUCUCUACAAGCUGUUUGUCGGGUUCUCUGUCUGUAUAGCUGCUUCCACUUACCAAGCACUCCAGCCUCCUCCUCCAAAGCUAUGCGGCUCUCCUGGUGGUCCAUCUAUCACAGCACCAAGAAUUAAACUUAGAGACGGAAGGCACUUGGCUUACAAGGAACACGGUGUUCCUAGAGAUCAAGCUGCCCGUAAAAUUGUCUUUGUCCAUGGAUCAGAUAGUUGCAGGCACGACAAUGCCUUUGCAGCUCUAUUAUCACCGGAUAUUAAGGAGGGACUAGGUGUGUACAUGGUUUCAUUUGAUAGACCUGGUUAUGGAGAGAGUGAUGCUAACCCAAACCGUACUCCUAAAAGUUUGGCUUUGGACAUAGAGGAGCUUGCUAAUCAGUUGAGUCUAGGAACUAAGUUCUAUAUAAUAGGGUACUCUAUGGGUGGACAAGCUACAUGGGCAUGCCUUAAAUACAUUCCUCACAGGUUGGCUGGAGCAGCUCUUGUAACUCCAGUGGUGAACUAUUGGUGGAAGAGCUUUCCAUCAGACAUCUCAAACGAAGCUUAUAAUCUACAACCGAGAAACGACCAAUGGGCGGUUCGUGUUGCACACUAUGCUCCUUGGCUUACUCACUGGUGGAACUCUCAGAAGUGGUUCCUUGGGUCAAGUGUUGUGACCAGAAACCUAGGGUUGCUGUCUAAAUCCGACAAAGAGAUACUCUUCAAGAUUGGUGCAGCAGGGAGGCCACAUGAGGGAGAAAUAAGGCAGCAAGGAACACAUGAGACCGUGAUCCGUGACAUGAUUGUUGGGUUUGGAAAAUGGGAGUUCGAUCCAAUGGAGCUGGAGAACUUGUUUCCUAACAAGGAGGGAUCAGUGCACUUGUGGCAGGGAGAUGAUGACGCUCUUGUCCCUGUGACUCUACAACGUUACGUUGCUAAGAAACUGCCAUGGGUUCAUUACCAUGAGAUUCCUGGAGCAGGGCAUAUGUUCCCACUUUUUCCUGGUAUGGUUGAUAACAUCGUUAAGACGCUCUUAACCAACGAAGAAGUCAAGAACUAAAAAAAAGAGUCAUCUUCUCUCUCAGAACAAUUGGCUGAUUUGGUUUUGUUGUGACAUGAGUUGCUAUGAAAUACUUUGAAACGACUAGAGAGAGAUUCAUGAAUAUCUCAAAUUUCUUAGUAGAUCUUUUGAUUACUACUAAUAUACUUUGUUGGUGAUCUUUUAACCUUUUUAGUGUGAUUUAUUGAUGAAUA